CGAGGUCAUGGGGCCCAAGAAGAAGCACCUGGACUAUUUAAUCCAGUGCACAAAUGAGAUGAAUGUGAACAUCCCACAACUGGCAGACAGUUUGUUUGAAAGAACUACCAACAGUAGCUGGGUGGUGGUCUUCAAAUCUCUCAUCACAACCCAUCAUCUAAUGGUGUAUGGAAAUGAGCGUUUUAUCCAGUAUCUGGCGUCCAGAAACACAUUGUUUAAUUUGAGCAAUUUCCUAGACAAAAGUGGAUUGCAAGGUUAUGACAUGUCAACGUUUAUCAGACGGUAUAGUAGGUAUCUGAAUGAAAAGGCAGUUUCCUAUAGACAAGUGGCUUUUGACUUCACAAAAGUAAAAAGAGGGGCUGAUGGAGUGAUGAGAACAAUGAGCACAGAAAAACUUUUAAAAACUGUACCAAUUAUACAAAAUCAAAUGGAUGCACUACUUGACUUCAAUGUCAAUAGCAAUGAACUUACAAAUGGUGUAAUUAAUGCUGCCUUCAUGCUCCUCUUCAAAGAUGCCAUUAGACUGUUUGCGGCAUAUAAUGAAGGGAUUAUUAACCUCUUGGAAAAAUACUUUGAUAUGAAAAAGAACCAAUGCAAAGAAGGCCUUGAUAUAUAUAAGAAGUUCCUCACAAGAAUGACACGGAUCUCGGAGUUCCUUAAAGUUGCAGAGCAAGUUGGAAUUGACAGAGGAGACAUACCAGAUCUCUCACAGGCACCGAGUAGCCUUCUUGAUGCUUUGGAGCAACAUUUAGCUUCUCUAGAAGGGAAGAAAAUCAAAGAUUCCACAGCUGCAAGCAGAGCUACCACCCUUUCCAAUGCAGUCUCUUCCCUUGCAAGCACCGGCCUGUCUCUCACGAAAGUUGAUGAAAGGGAAAAACAAGCUGCAUUAGAGGAAGAGCAGGCUCGCCUAAAAGCUUUAAAGGAGCAACGUCUAAAAGAACUUGCAAAGAAACCUCAUACCUCUUUAACAACUGCAGCUUCUCCCGUGUCGACUGCAGCAGGAAGCAUAAUGACUACACCAGCCAUUGAUAUUUUUCCUACUCCUAGCUCUUCAAACAGCACUUCAAAGCUGCCAAAUGAUCUGCUUGAUUUGCAGCCAACUUUUCAUCCCUCUGUACAUCCUAUAUCUGCUGCCCCACAAGUAGGAAGUACCUGGGGAGAUCCUUUUUCUGCUACUGUUGAUAGUGUUGAUGAUGCCAUUCCAAACCUAAAUCCUUUCCUAACAAAAACUAAUGAUGCUGCUCAUCUGUCUGUGUCUUCUGAUGUAUCUACUUUCACCAGUAGGACACCCACACAUGAAAUGUUUGUUGGGUUCACUCCAUCUCCUGUUGCUCAACCACAGCCAUCAGCUGGCCUUAAUGUUGACUUUGAGUCUGUGUUUGGAAACAAAUCUUCUAAUGUUGUCCUAGAUUCUGGUGGCUUUGAUGAACUAGGUGGUCUCCUGAAACCAACAGUGGCCUCUCAAAACCAGAGUCUUCCAGUUGCCAAAGUACCACCUAACAAAUUAGUAUCAGAUGAUUUGGAUUCAUCUUUAGCCAACCUUGUAGGCAAUUUGGGCAUUGGAAAUGGAACUACUAAAAAUGAUGUAAACUGGACUCAGCCAGGUGAAAAGAAGCUGACAGGUGGUUCCAACUGGCAACCCAAGAUUGCACCUACAACUGCAUGGAAUGCGCCGACGUUGGCACCACCUGUAAUGGCGUAUCCUGCCACGACGCCAACGGGAAUGAUGGGCUACGGGAUGCCAUCGCAGAUGGGAGGCAUACCAGUAAUGACACAGCCAACUUUAAUAUACAGUCAGCCAGUCAUGAGGCCACCAAACCCUUUUGGCCCUGUACCGGGAGCACAGAUUCAGUUUAUGUAACUGUGUUAGAUGGAAGAGAAAGGAACAUUUCCAAAAAGAUGUGCUCACCAGUAAACCCCCACUUCCAGGAAAAAAUGAACUUCAGUCUCUCAAACUCUCCUCUUCCAUUAAAUGAUGCAGUGAAAUGAUGAAGACCAAUGAAGGAACCUGGGACAUCUCCAUAAGAAAACAUCAAUAUACAAUGCAAAGCCAAGAAUUGCCAUGAAUUAAGACUUAAGAUCUCCUUUUUUUGUCCUGGUGACUAACAUGUCAAUACUUUCAGCUUCUAAUGAUAUCCAUAAUCGGUAACACACAAAGAGAAGCCUUUAUUCUGGAAAUCGAGAUUGGUGUUUGGAAAUGCUGUCUGGAAUGGAGACGUGUCCUUUACCGUAACUCGAAACAAGACUUUGGGCAGGGGAGGGUCAAGUCCUAACUCUUAAUUCUGCAGUUACCUUUUCUUCAGUCCUCACAAAUGUAGGCACAGCAGUAAUGGAAAUUAACUUUUUUUUUUAAAAAAAAAAAGAUAUAUUCAGUUUGCAGUAGACAUUCCUUAUGUAUUAUUGUUUGUAUUUAUUUAUGAUUAUCAAUUUAACAUUAAUAUUGUAUCAAAAAACACUCCUUAUGAAAAUGAGUAUGGAUGUAUACAGUAUGUCUGAUUUUUAUCCACAAAGAAUGAAUCUGAUUCAGAAUGCUUUUCAGCUGACAUACAGAGCACUAAAUAUUUUAAAGGUCUGAAUCUAAUGAAUUCUCAGUAUAUAUGGGAAUUAGGGAAGAGCUGUAAAAUGCAUUAAUCCUUAUAGUCAAUUCUGUGCCUAGGAUUUUGCAAGGGAACAGUUAACUGACUAGAAGAAGCACUACAUUUUUAAUUCAGCAUUAGUGCGUUGGGAAGGAACUUUAUUGCUUUGUGCUUGGCAUGUCAUUAUUUUUACAUUUGACAUUAUAAGGCCUUUCCAAAAUGAAUGUGAGGAAUUGCUUUCACUUUAAGACUUUCCUUCUUUUCUGUAAAAAAAAAUAAAAAAUAAAUAAAUAAAAUCGAGGUGGUGUGUGCUGGGGGGGGAAGCCUUUUCAUUUGGCUAGCGCCAUGUUUAUGAUCACGUACCUUUUAAAAGUAAAAAAGGGGAAGUAGUUUCCUUGCAUACAUCUAGCGGGUAUUUAGUUAACGAAGAAUUAAAGUAGCACUGUUGAUCGGUGCUUUGUGUAAAUACAUCAUAACUUUUGGGUGGAGUGGGGCCUUCGGAAGGAUAGUCAAUGAUAUGAAAGCAAUUCUGUACAUGAAUUAAGCAUACUUGCUGCAUUGUCUCUGCAGAUUCUAUUUUUGUUUAAAAUAUUAAAAUGUAUGUUCGCAAAAAUGGGUGGAUUUUCAAAUAAAAUGCAGCUUCCACAGAACUUUU